AUGAAGAUUCCUGAGAUGCAGGUUAUAGACACAGAAUAUGGUGAGGAGGAGAUGAAUGUCUAUGCCAACACAGAAGAUAUGAACACUUAUGAUGACUGUAUGAUGUCUGGAACAGAAAACUUUGACACCAAGAGAAAACACACAGAUGGAUGGAUUUACUAUCAGUCCAGUUUGUACAUCAAUUCAUCUGAGUGGAAGAACUGGACUGAGAGCAGAAGAUACUGUAGAGGGAAAGGAGCAGAUCUGAUCAUCAUUAACAACUAUGAUGAACAAGAUUUUAUUACGAAGAAUUAUGGUGAGGGCGGACACUGGAUUGGUUUGCCUGACAGUGAUGAUAUGGUCAGAUGGGAGUCGGGUAAUGACAGCCCACUGAACUCUACCAUCAUUGACAAGAAAAUUGGCAAUCUGAACAUUCCUGAGAUGCAGGUAAUAGACAAAGAAGAUGGUAAGGAGGAGAUGAAUGUCUAUGAAAAAUUAAACAUAGAAGAAUUAAACACUUACGAUGUCUGUAUGAUGUCCGGAACAGAAAACUCUGACACCAAGAGAAAACAAACAUCUCAACACACAGGAAGUGAGAAUGUGAGGAUGAGAAGUUACAGAUCAGUUACAGUGUGUUUGGUGCUGCUGUGUGUUCUUCUACUGACUGCAGUCAUAGUGCUGUGUGUCCUCAUCAAUACAAACAAUCAACAGUUUAACAUCAAGAACAAAAACAUCACUGAAGAGAGAGACCAGCUACUAACCAAAUAUACCAACAUCACAGAAGAGAGAGACCAGCUACUAACUAAAUAUACCAACAUCACAGAGAAGAGAGACCAGCUACUAACCAAAUAUACCAACAUCACAAAAGAGAGAGACCAGCUACUAACUAAAUAUACCAACAUCAAAGAAGAGAGAGACCAACAAAGAGACCAGUUAACUCAGUAUAUAAAUGUACUGAUGAAAAUUCUAAAAGCAGAAAGAUGGAUGGAAUAUCAGUCUAGUUUGUACUUCAUUUCAUCUGAGAAGAAGAGCUGGUAUGAGAGCAGAGGUUACUGUAGAAAGAGAGGAGCAGAUCUGAUCAUCAUUAACAACAAAGAGGAACAAGGUUUAAUUAAGAAGAUAUCUGGUACGACAAGAUUCUGGAUUGGUUUGUCUGACAGUUAUAAGGAGGGCACUUGGAAAUGGGUUGAUGGCAGCACACUGACCACUAAAUUCUGGGGGUCUGGAGAACCCAACAGCUACAGCAGUGAUGAAGACUGUGUUGAGACUGGUUCAUCAGACUGGAAUGAUCAGUCAUGUAAUAGUAAUCGAAACUGGAUUUGUGAGAUAAAAAAAUAAAAAUAGUUGCUCAAUGUGAAAAAAAUUCAGUAAAUGGUAACCACCCAAGAAAUGUUUACGCAUAAACACCAGGACCUU